AUGAUCAAUAAAUGGGAAUUAGAUACAACUGAACUAAUUAAACAAUCAGCCGCAUGUGCACGUGAGCGUUUGCAGGAAAUCGCUUUAAAGGAAGGUGACAACUUACAGAAGCAAUUCGUGAUACUAUCAAGUGAAAUAGAUAGACUGCGGGAAAAUGAAAAUUAUUUCGAAAAUGACAUUGAUCAAUUAAUCAAUAAACUUCAACAACUCCAUCAUGAAAUAGAACAUUUUCCUGUUGAACUUAGCAUCGAGGAAAUUUCACAUGAAUUGAUUGUCGUCAAACCACUCACGCAAUCAGUGUGUCAUACUGCUGCUCCUUGUUACUUUGUUGAUCUUCUGCUUACUUCACAGAAACCGAAAGUAUCCAUUCAUCUUUUACCUAAAGCAUUUGGUCCAAUGUACCCAGCUAGUGAUCAAUUGAUUGCCUUUUCUUAUAAACAUCAAUUGCAUACUUUAAAUAUAGCUAAAAAAUCAUGGAAAAGCCUGCAUGGUAUUAAAAAAGCUACUGAAGUACAUUGGUUCAGUUCUUUCAAACAAUUCUUAGUACUAAGCUGUAGUGGUUAUGACUAUAAACCAAAUAAAUUAUACUUAUUUAAUCCAUAUUCCGACAGCGCUGAAGAGAUUUGGGCGAAAUCAGCCGAUUGGACGUAUGGUUCUCCUCGCAAUUUUAAAACGUUAACAUGUUUUAAACAGCAUAUUUUAAUCGUUGCCGAUGACAGAAUUGAAAAGUGGUCACCAGCUUAUUCCGAUUGGUACACUAAUGAGGAAGCUUCUGCUCGUUGGUCUCCGCCGAUCUCAUGUUAUCCAGACGGUGAAAUUAUAUGUAUUCGAAUGAAUGAUCUAUAUUACGCAGUUCUGAUUGAAACAUAUGAUCAUCAGUCACGACCAUCAGUAUUUUCUUUUCAACUAAGAAGCCAUGGUAUGUCAACUCUUCGCUGUAUAGAAAUAGAUUAUGAUAAGUCGCUUGACAAAUUGCGAUUGAUUUCUUUACCGGAUGCAUCUGGUUGGUUAUUCCUUGUUCGCGGAGAAAACAAAAACUGUUGUUAUGUACUUGAUAAUGAUGGAAAACGAUACGAUCAAAAUACUGUCCUAUUAUCAAAGGUAAUUGACAUUGGUGUUCAGAAUAAUUUAAUUUUUCUUCGAAAAAGAGUAUCGAACAGUACCAAUGAUGUCCUUGAAAUUUAUGACUGGCAGAAAUGA